AUGGCCAACUCCACGAACGACAUAUACGUCCUACCGCGAGACACCAAGGAGACUCAAAGACUGAACGAACAGCACAAACACCUCCUCAAAUGCUUCCCCUUCCUCAUCCACCCCGCGACAUCCGUCGAUGCAGAAACGCCAGACCUUCGAAUCGCAGACAUAGCUUGCGGCAGCGGGAUCUGGCUCACAGACGUAGCUCAACAUUAUCCAAAAGCAGAAUGCCACGGCUUCGAUAUCUCGGGCGAUCAGUUUCUGGACGAAGGUUCUUUGGACAAGCUCUUCGGUUCCGGUAGAGUCCGUUUCCAUGUUGAAGACGCGGCAUCCGAAUCUGGUCCUCUGCCCGAGCAUCGUGGGAAGUUUGAUGUUGUGGCUGUUCGGCUCAUUCAUAGUAGUCUUGUGGGCGAGGCGUGGAAUCGUGCUGUGAGGAAUAUUAUGGCUAUGCUAAAACCCGGCGGCCAUGUCCAAUGGAUCGAUUGGGAUCCUCAAAGAGCAUACAUAGUCCAGUACAAACCUCUCGCCAAGAAAGCAGCGAUGGAACAGCUCGUCUCUGCACUCAAACAGUUCUUCGCCACUAGGGACUCGGCCGUAGCAGAGCGACUGGAUGAGCUGUUCUCCGAGCACGGCAUGGUCGAUGUCCUGGCCGAAAAGCAUUGCAGUGACCCAGACCUGGAGACUCGCGAUUUCAUCUCCUGGACGGUACUCAAUUCUGUCCCUGGCAUGGUUCGAAAGUCUCUCUUGAGUAGAGAGGGCAGCGGUUGGACCGAGGAGAGGCUUGCCAAGAUCGAGCAGCAGGCCAAGGAGGAGCAAGCGGCGGGUGAGGCCUUUCUGAGAUUCGAUAUGACUUGCUAUGUUGCGAAGAAGCCGGAGUGA